AUGCCAAUAUUUAAGGAGCCAAAAUGCAAAAACCCUUCACGGAGAAGAACAACAGAUUCUUCUGAUAUUGAUGCAGUUGACAUUUUCUAUGAAGCGCCUAUAAAUUGUGAUGAAGAACAUAUUAUGACUUUGUUCCGAGCAAGUAAUUUGAAACUCCGAGUUGUUAAUCUGCAGGACUCAUCAAUGGAAGAAGACGUUUUCCGGGAUCUAUGUGACCAUGGAUUAACAUGUGAAGUUCUAAAUUUGAGAUCGACUCGAAUCCAACGACUCAAUAUAUCUGGAAAAUUUAUGCAGCUGCACACAUUAAAUUUAGAUUUUUCAACAUCAAUCACUAGUUUUCACAGGGACUGUUUUUCUUGCAUGCCAAAUCUGAAACGUCUAUCAAUGUGUGGGACAAGAGUUGUUGAUCUUUGGACAACCGUUGCUGCCUUAUCGAAACUACCUUCUUUGUCGGAACUACGCUUCCAAAAUUGCUUGUGUUGUAAGGAUACGUCAUCGUGUCCUCGUCAAGCUUCGCCUAUCGAUGGGUCGUAUGUAAAAUUGGACUCACCUGCAAAUAGUUUUAUGAUAAGUGGGGUUUAUGCUAAUGAAGUUACAAUUUCAGGAUUUGUUCAGGAACAACCGAAACUGCGAAACCAGAUUAAAGACGAAGAAGAGUUCAACCUUGCAAAAGAUUGUACGGACGAGUCAAUGAAAAGCACAACUCAGUUGACUAAUUAUAACUCACACCACCCGUGUCCGAUCUGCUACGAGAAACAUUACAGGGAGUUCAUAAUUACUUCAUUACCUGCUCUGCAAGUUUUGGAUAAUUCGCAGGUUACAAAGUUCGACAAAGAAACAGCUAAAGUUGUCAUUUCAAAACACUACGAGCACUUACCAUAUAACAGACAUUACACGGAAAACGUUUCGAAUAUUUUGCGAAAACGCGAAAUCGGAGCUUCGAAGAGCCGAUUUUUCCUUUCAAGGUCUCUUAGUGCUGCUAAAUUUGGUUCUGCUGGCUGGCCUUUGUUGUCUAACUUGAGCCAUAUGACUAAAGAUGAAACGUUUCGGCCUAGACAGUUUGAAUACCAUCCGUCGGAUUCGAGUCUUAUGGUUUUCGGAACUAUGGACGGCGAAGUGGUGGUGAUUAAUCAUGAAAAUGGGAAGAUUGUUGGUUCCGUUCCUUCAUCAGGAGCUAUGAAUAGUAUUUUGGGACUCUGUUGGCUCAACAUGUAUCCAUCCAAACUGCUUGCAGGCUCCGAUAAUGGCUGCCUGAGAUUGUUCGACAUAAAUCAAAUGCCCCCAAAAAUUCCAGGCGUAAAUUACACCAAAUUUCAUGAUUUUGAGCCAUUAACAUCUGUUCAUAUAAAUUGCACAGAUGAUCAAUUUCUGGCCAGCGGGUACUCAAAGGAUGUUGCGUUUUACGACAUUAACACCACGAAACGCAUACAAUUGUUCAAAAACAUGCAUGAAGAACCCAUUAAUGUAGCUAAAUUUGCUUAUCAUUCUCCCUUUUUAUUUGCUACGUCGUCGUUUGAUCGUGAUGUGAAGCUAUGGGAUCUGAGGCAGAGGCCGAACAAUCCGUGCUAUAGAGCUUCGAGUUGUGGGGGAAAUGUGAUGGUUUGCUUUUCUCCUGAUGAUCAAUAUCUGCUUGUUUCUGCUGUUGACAAUGAGGUGAAGCAACUUUCGGCAGUAGAUGGGAGGCUUCACACAAAUUUUGAGAUAUCUCCGACCGGAAGUGCUCAUAACUACACUCGCUCUUACUACAUUAACGGAGGAGACUACAUUAUAAGCGGAAGCUCCGACCAACAUGUUGUCCACAUUUACUCUGCUAUAACCGGACGACGACUUAAGGAUGUUUACCUUCAGAAUAGUGACUCGGGGAAUUCUCAGUUUGUACAAUCCUUAAGGGGUGAUCCUUUUAGGGCUUUUCACAUGAGUGUUCUAGCUGCCUCCAAGCGCCCAACUUCUAAAUAUGAGAUCAUCAAGGUAAAUUUACUAUCGACCAGUCAGUCUGUCGACGAAUUUUCUCAUGAUCCGCAUAUGAUUCGUUCUUCCAGUAGUCUUGGAGGUUGACAUUAUAAUAUUUUUUUUCUACUGCAAUUAAAUUGUUCCAUAAUUGUACAUAGAUCUGUUUUAGUGGUUAGUGUGAAGUAUGAUGUAGUAAAUUUCACUUUGCUUUUCUACGAAUUAUUAAAACUUGUAAAUAUUGUUCGCCCAUGAAUUCAGAAUUUGUAUUACGCUAUACUUCAAUAAUGUUCAUAUCCAGUUUCGUUUUAA